AACAUUCAAUUUUAUAUAAUGUUGCGCAAUACGAAAUAACUGAUCAGUUAGAAUCUAAUCUUUGUAGUGGAGUUAUAAACCGUAAAACGCGAAAGAUAAAUUUAGUCAACAAAGGAAGUCAAGUGUUUUAUGGGUGUGAAUUGUAGUAACAACUCUUCAAAUCCUGCGAUGUCUAGUGACAAUUCAAACUGUGAUAUUACUCCAACCCGUAAUUACACCAGCAGUAACGAAAGAGAUUCCUGGUGCCUAAUAAGAAAAAUAACCAAAGAAAAUGACCUUCCACAUGGUGACCCAUGGUUAAUAUCAAAACAAGAGUUCAGAAUGCGCAAAAUGUAUGUGUGGAGUGAAAUUGAAGCAGUGUUUCGAUUACAAUACGGAGGUAGCAAUGAAAUUGGGGCUUUUAUGAGACUGACUAAUUCGUAUUGUCUCAUCGGUGGUGACCCCCAAAAGUACGAAAAAGUCGAAGGAAUGAUUGAAGGUGAUAUCCAGUGGGGUUCUGUGGUAAACACUUCUUUGGCGGGCUGUGAGAUAGUAGGACGAUUAUGUGUAGGCAAUAAAAAUGGACUUUUGGUACCUGAAAUGACCUACGAUACGGAAUUACAGCGACUAAAAGAAGAACUCCCCGAGUCUAUAAAAAUAUCGAAGAUUGAAGAUAAAUUGUCUGCAUUAGGCAAUGUGAUUGUUUGCAAUGAUAGUGUCGCACUUAUUCACCCAGAUUUGGACCGAGAAACUGAAGAAGUGAUAGCAGAUACCUUACAAGUUGAAGUUUUUCGCCAUAUGAUAGCCAACAAUCCCUUAGUAGGUUCGCACUGUGUUUUAAAUUACUAUGGAGGGUUAGUAAAUCCGGAUAUUAGCCAAAACGAACUCGAAAACUUAUCAUCGCUGUUGGAGUUAUCUUUAGUUCCUGGAACCGUAAAUCAAGGGAACAAACUUGUGGGAUCUGGUUUAAUAUGUAAUGACAGACUUGCAUAUGCUGGCAUGAAAACUACUGCCAGGGAAUUUACUGACAUUGAAAAAGCGUUUCAUUUAAGAUGAUAAAAUACUGACUCGCUUUUAAUACAAGUAAUGGUGUUAAUUGUACCAUGUGCUGUGAUAUAAUUAUGUUUUGUACAAUGUAAAAUGCCGUUGCUAAUUGUAAGAAAAGUCUGUACAACUUUUGAAAUUAAACUUAUAAAAUAGA